AAAUAAAUUAAAAUAGACUUUACCUAUGCAUUUUCAGUAAAUUCAACACUAAGUUUCACAAAAUAAACAUCAGGUUUUUCAUUACUACAAGGCUACUCAAGUACUAAAUCAAAGUUUUCUAUUCUACGACGUUUACAACAUGGAAUUCAAAUUGUCUUAAUUCCUUGGACUUCGUCCUCUGCAUGUUCAAAAUUGAACCUUAUUUCUACCGCAUGUGCUCUUGCAGCUGAGUGUGGAGCCGUGCUCGUCGCGGUCAGUCGCUGGCGGAUUGAUUCCUCGUGUUGUGAUGGCUCUCGGUAGUGAAGUGAAUGAUAACUCUUCUAAAAAUACUACUCAAAAAGUGAAAAAAUGUCCUGUAAGCAGUAAUGGGAGCGACAAGAGUGGUAAUGAAAAUGUCACUAAAGUAGAGAAACAUGAAAAGAAGGCUCCUAAAAUGAAGAAGGAAGUCAGUGUAAAUGUGUCAUGUAGCAACGGGCAUGCAAACACACCGAAUGGCCGCGCAGAUGACGAAGGCGGUGGUGGAAACGCGACUGCUACGCGUGUUUCGUAUGCGGCCGCUGCGCGCAAGCCUGCCUCCCCGCAAACUAAUAGCACACCUGUGCCCUUUUCAUUAAGUACAGAAUCCCAGAAGGGCAAGGUAAAUGAUAAGUCAUCACAUCAUAAAUCCGUUAAUGUUACGAAAGUAAAUGGGGAUACGUUGUCCAGCGACCCAAAUAAAAAAGAUUUUGGUACCAAAGAAACAAUAGUGAACGGCACACAAAACUCAAUUGAGAACAUUUUGAAUGGUGACCCCAAAAAAGAUACAGAUUGUGAUAUUAUUAGUAGUAGUGAUAACCCUAAAGUAGUUACUAAUGGAAUUAACAGUGAUUCAGACGAGACUAAAUCGAGUAAGUCUGACGAAGGGAGUGUAGUCGAUGUAGCAUUACCAGCAGUUUGCCCCGUUAAAGUGUCUGAAAAUAAGGUAUCCGAUAGAAAGAAAGAAAAUAAAAAGGCUAAAGCGACUGAUAAAAAUAGUGACACUGAGAAGAAAAAAGAACCUAUUAAAAAUAAGGUUACUGAAACUAAAAAAGAGGACGACAAACCCAAAAAUGUUGAAAAUGACAAAUCCAAAAAUGUUGAAAAUGUAUCUGAUAAAGUUAACGGUGAAUGCAGUAAAAUACUUAAUGGAGAAAAGGACAGGGAGUCGACUCCUAGUGAAGAUGGUGAUGACAAGAAACGAGAUGCUGAAGUUGUAUUUAUACAGGACAUGGGAUUCACUGUCAAAAUUGUUAGCCCGGGAGCAGAGCCUCUGGAUAUUCAGGUGUCCAGUAUGGAGCUGGUACAAGAAAUUCAUCAGGUGCUGAUGGACCGCGAGGACACGUGUCACAGGACCUGUUUCUCGUUGCAACUUGACGGCGUAACGUUGGACAAUUUUGCCGAGCUGAAGAAUAUCGAAGGGUUGAAAGAGGGAUCAAUAAUCAAGGUUGUGGAAGAACCUUACACUAUGCGCGAAGCUAGGAUCCAUGUGCGUCACGUCAGAGACCUACUGAAGUCCAUAGACUACACUGACGCAUACGCCGGACAAGAAUGCAGCUCGCUCGCUUUCCUCAAUGUUAUCACGCAGGGUGAUAUCUUAGAGAAAAAGAAAUCACGCCCGGAAAGCGUAGACUGCACCCCUCCGGGGUACAUAAUGCCCGGGAGCACUGAGCGACCUCUCCUGCCCUUGCAUCCAGGACUGACCAAGGAGAACAAGGCUCCUCAGUGUCUGAAGGUUCUGACGACAUCAGGUUGGAACCCGCCCCCCGGGCCCCGCAAGAUGUGCGGGGACCUCUUGUACCUUCACGUGAUCACGCUGGAAGACAGGCACUUCCACAUAACUGCGUGCCCGAGAGGUUUCUACCUUAACCAGUCCACCGAAGAAGUGUUCAACCCUCGACCAUCAAGUCCGUCUUUACUUUGCCAUUCGUUGAUCGAGCUGCUCAGCAUCAUCUCGCCAGCCUUCAAGCGGAACUUCACACUGGUCCAGAAGAAACGCAUGCAAAAACACCCCUUCGAGAGGGUCGCCACCCCUUACCAGGUGUACCAGUGGGCUUCGCCGGUCCUUGAUCACACGGUCGACGCGAUUCGUGCUGAAGAUACUUUCUCAUCAAAGUUGGGGUAUGAAGAGCACAUUCCGGGUCAGACGCGGGACUGGAACGAGGAGCUGCAGACCACGCGCGAGCUACCUCGUGCUACGCUGCCGGAGCGGCUGCUGCGCGAGCGAGCUAUCUUCAAGGUGCACAGUGACUUUGUAGCCGCAGCCACGCGCGGCGCCAUGGCGGUGGUCGACGGGAACGUGAUGGCCAUCAACCCGGGCGAGGAGCCCAAGAUGCAGAUGUUCAUCUGGAACAACAUCUUCUUUUCCCUGGGCUUCGAUGUGCGCGACCAUUAUAAGGACCUCGGCGGCGACGCUGCGGCUUUUGUGGCUCCUCGUAACGACCUCCAAGGUGUACGAGUAUACAGCGCAGUGGACACGCAGGGUCUGCACACCCUGGGCACGGUGGUGGUGGACUACCGCGGGUACCGGGUGACAGCGCAGUCCAUCAUCCCCGGCAUCCUGGAGAAGGAGCAGGAGCAGAGCGUGGUCUACGGCAGCAUCGACUUCGGCACCACCGUGCUCACACACCCCCAGUAUAUGGAACUGCUAAGCAAAGCAGGCCAGCAACUGAAGAUAAUGCCCCAUUCUGUAAUCAGCGCGAAUGGAGAAACUGUCGAAUUGUGCUCCAGUGUGGAGUGCAAGGGAAUCAUCGGCAACGACGGUCGCCAUUACAUUCUAGAUCUAUUGAGGACUUUUCCGCCCGACGUCAACUUCCUGCAAUUGGAGGAUGAUGAACUGAGAGAGGAUAUAAAGUCUAUGGGUUUCCCUAUAAUCCACAAGCAUAAGCUUUGCUGCCUUAGACAGGAAUUAGUCGAUAGUUUUGUUGAGGCUCGUUACUUCAUGUUUAUUCGUUAUGCUGCGUUCCAUUUACAACAAUUAAGUGCUAAGAGACAAAAAGAAACUCCUGAACAAAAGUCAAUUGAAGCUAACAAAGAAAACACAGUAAAGAAGUCUGAAGAGAAAGAGACUAAGAGAGAUAGCAAGAGUCAAGAAAAGGAGACAAAAGAUAAGAAGGAAAGUAAAGAAAAAGAAAGUGCCAAAAAUGAAGAAGACAAAAAUGUUGAUAAGGAUGAUAAAAAGGAAAAAACCAAAGAUGACGAAUUGUUAUUGAAUGAAAAUUAUUCAGAAAUCGACACAGAUGUUGCCAAAAAGAUUGUUGAGAGUAUCACAGACUCGAUCUGCAGUGGCGAUAAACAAGAGAGCGAUUCGGGUGAACGCUCUCGCGCGGUGGUAGCGGCGGCCGCGCGCGCGGUGGCGUCCCUCAAGGAGUCUGAGUUCGAUGUCCGGUUCAACCCUGACGUGUAUUCCGCUGGCAUCAAACACGCGGCCACCCCUGAACAACUCGCCAAGCAGCGCCAUCUGGUGAAGGAGGCCGCCGCUUUCCUGCUCACUACGCAGAUUCCUGCAUUUGUCCGCGAGUGCCUGGAGCACACAUCGACGCCGAUGGACGGCGCGGGCCUGACUGAGGCGCUGCACGCGCGCGGCAUCAACAUCCGCUACCUUGGCCGCGUGGCGUCGGCGCUGCGUCCGCACGCUCAGCUAGGGUACCUUCACGCUAUCGCGGUCGCCGAACUCGUGUUACGCGCCGCCAAACAUGCUAUCACCGCAUACCUGCAGGGUUGCGAGCCCAUGUGCACGGGCUCGGCCGUGGCGCACUUCCUGAACUGCCUGGUGGGGAGCUGCGCGGCGCUCAGCGCCAGCGCGGGCGACGCGCCCGUGUCGCGCGCGCGCAGCACUCGCUCGCGUCGCGCGCGCAGGCAACACCACGCCGCGCCGCCGCCGCCCGCCGCCGACUGGCAGCAUCUCACGCAGCGUUCGCUGUUCUCGCAGAUACGGCAGGAGCUCAAGGCUUACUGGGGAUAUGAAUUGAACGCUGAAAAUAUGGAAGCCGUUAUAGAAAAGAACGGCCUUCAAAAAAUAUCACUGCUCAGAUCGUUUGCCUUAAAAGUAGGUUUGCAGCUAAUGCUACGUGAAUAUGACUUCGAUAAUAAGAGCAAACCAACCUUCACUGGAUCUGAUAUCAUGAAUAUUUUCCCAGUCGUCAAACAUAUCAAUCCUAGGGCAUCAGACGCAUACAACUUCUACACGACGGGCCAGAACAAAAUCCAAGCUGGGGCCGUGAACGAAGGACAUGAAAUGAUCGCCGAAGCCCUAAAUCUCCUCAAUAAUGUUUACGGCGCUAUGCACGGGGAAAUUGCGCAGUGUCUCCGCAUGGUGGCGCGACUGUGCUAUGUUACGGGAGAACAUAGGGACGCCAUGGCGUAUCAGCAGAAAGCCGUGCUUAUGUCAGAGAGGGUCAAUGGCAUCGACCAUCCGUAUACUAUCACUGAAUAUUCCCACCUGGCACUAUACUGCUUCGCAAAUGGCCAAGUGAGCACGGCGUUGAAACUCCUGUACCGUGCGAGGUACCUCGCGCUGCUGGUGUGCGGCGAAAACCACCCCGAAAUGGCGUUGCUUGACAGCAACAUAGCCCUGAUUCUGCACGCGGUGGGCGAGUUCGAGCUGUCGCUGCGCUUCGCGGAGAAGGCGCUGGGCGUGACGAGCGCGGCGCACGGGCCGCGCUCGCUGAAGGCGGCCGUGGCGCGCCAUCUGCUGGCGCGCACGCUCUCCUGUCUCGGCGACUUCCGCGCCGCCUUGCAGCACGAGAAGGAGACCUACUCCAUCUACAAACAGCUGCUGGGCGAGCAGCACGAGAAGACGCGGGAGUCGUCGGAGUGCCUGCGGCACCUGACGCAGCAGGCGGUGGUGCUGCAGAAGCGGCUGGCGGAGCUGGGCCGCGCUAACUCCGCGCCGCCGCAUGCGCCGCACGCGCCGCCGCUGCAGAUACAGCCGCCCGGCAUGGCCUCCGUCAUUGAUAUGCUCAACCUCAUCAACGGAAUCCUCUUUGUGCAGAUCAGCCGUCACGACAUCGAGCAGUUCAAAGCGGAGAUCGAGAAGAGGCAACUGAAAGACUUACCGCUCCCAGAAGUGCUCAGCGAGCUGAGCCUCAAGGAGGGCGGAGCCCCGCCCGCGGACAGUUGAGGCCCGGGGCCGGCCGCCGCUGCUGGAGACCGCGGGCUGUAAACCUCUAUGCGUCAGGAUCUGUUGUCCCAAAGUUGCGGUAAUGUGGAAGAUUUCAUUACGUUGUGCGUCAGACGAUAUAUUUGCGCGCUUAUUGCUGUAAUGUUAACGGACGCUUAAAAACUAUUUUAGUCGUAAAUAUGUUUUGCCUCGUUCUGUCAUGUUUGGAAGGAGUACUAAAUACAAAAGAUAUUUUAGCUAAAUGUUAAAAGCGUUCUCGUUGACUUUUUAUGAAUAAAUUAGAAAGUACUAUAAUUUAUAUGAUACUUAUCGCGCGAAAUAUUGCUAAGAAUUUGUUCCGCGUACGGUGACUUUGGGAUUCAUAGAUCCCGCUGACGUUAUUUAUAGAGAUUUAUGAUUGUAGUGUGAGAUAUCGUAGCGCAAAUUUUAAGUAGACUUUUGAACCCUUUUGCGUCGGAUGCUUUUUUAAAUAUUUUUUGUAUAAAUUUUAUUACGACUAUGCAAUUUGUUCAACAUUUACAUAUUUUAUUUUCAAAUUUAGUUGAAUUGUCGAUCGAAUAACUUUGAAUCUAUAAAUUUAAUUAUAUGUUAUCAUGUUAUAUUACAAUAAAAAGCAAUUUAAUGAACUAUGCUAUGAAUAACCGACGUUUAUUUAAUUAUUUGUAAGUCUUGUCAUUUUCCAGGGUUUGCGAUACGAUGUCACGUACACCCAGUACAUUGUUACUUUAUAAUUAUUGAUUGAUGAUAUUGUUCCUUAUCUAUGAAUGUAUGCUGUAGUGGAUAGUGUGCUAAGGUUUGAUGUAGAUUUUUUUGUUAGUCAAAUUUUGAGGAUAUUAUUUUGAUCAAAUAAUUAAGUGUUUAAAUUUAAUGAAUUCUCGCAGUGCAAUAGAUUUUAUUUAUGCAUGUGCAUAUAUUUCUAUAUUUCGCUCAAAUCACGCAGAUGUAGGUUUAAUUUUAUGCUUCCGUUCGGAAUUCACAAUGUAUGGACACCCAAAGUAGUGCAAUGUCUAAGUAGUGAUAAUAGCAAUAAGUUUUGGUUGUGAACCCGGAGCUCGGCCGCGGUGCUAGCCAGAUUCCUCGCGAAUAAUGAUUUUAUCAAUUGUUAGUGUCGAGUAUUAUUUUCUUUUUUAGCGCGGGAGUAUAUUGUUGAAUACCCAUAGAUUUAGUAUUCAGUUAUAUUGUGAUUGAAAUGUAACAGGGUUUGGAGAAGUCCAGCUCGCUGAUCGCUCGUAAUGUUCGAUGCUAGCGUGCGGACGUAAGAAACAAAGCCAGUCUGUAUCAAUGAACACUGCCCCUAUUGUUACUUUAGUUUCAGAUUUUAGUAUUUAGUGCCAUAUAAAGUAGUGAAUGUAAGUUCUUUUAUGUAAUAUGUACUUCUGUUAGUCUGUGAUAUGUAAUGUUUUAUACAUUUAUCAUCGAGUCACUUGCCUUGUUUGCGCGGUAGACCUUACCUGAUAACCUUCAAAUGCUUUAAAUCUGUUGUUAAUAAAAUAUUCUACUGGUAGCAACUUCUCGCUAUCAUAGCUUGAUGUCAAGGCUUGGUUAGUUGUAAAUAUGUGUUCUUGUUCUGUGACAAUAAUAUUCUUAUACGAAAGGGCGUGUUUUUACUGAAGAACUGAAAGAGUUACAUUCUUAUGUACCUUCAUAUUACACUAACGGAUUGUAAACAUUGACACUUAUUAAGUAGAAACGCGCUCUAAAUCUGGGCAUUGGAAUUGAUCCAAACACAUUAUGUAGCACAAAAUUGCAUAUGUCUUUUAUAUUCAGAGAAACAUCAAAUUUUUAUUUUUUUCAUACAACUAAACCAUGUCUGCGAUUGUUCUUUAUUAGCUUAUUGCAAAUGUAAGCGCAGAAUUAUGAAUGGUAUUUAUACCACGUAAUUAUUACACUAGUCAUUGACGCAUCAGAUAUAUAUAAUAGAGUUACAAAUAUUGUUGAUAUUUUGCUAAAACCGAUGUAUAUCUGUACUGAAAUGUUAUUAUGAACGAUAGUUAUACUAGAAAAUCACACUUAUCCUAUCGGAUUUAGCUUCGAUUCUUAGUCUUGUGUCUAUACUGAAUGUACUCUUGGCUGAAUUUGAACCGGAUAAAUGUGCCUUAUUCUGCGUUUGUGUUCGAUGUUUGCGUAAGUUAACGGUUCCGUUUAAUGGUGUUUCUGUAGCAAUAAGCAUUAUUAUUGAAACAGAGGUCUAUGAGAAGUGUAGGUGAAGGCGAUGGCCCGGGGCGGCGGUGUUUUAAAAAGCUUAACUUUUAGUGUUAUCAUGGUGAACAACAUGCUUUAUGUUUUUGAUGGAUAUGCAGUAGUUACACUAGUUACGCCCACUGUUUUCUAAAUUAGUAUAUUAGUAUAUAUAGUAGUUAGUAUAUAAAUAUAUAUAUUGUUCUUCAAUAUUUUCUUAUAGUAUCAAACAAAACCUAACUUUUACCUGUUUAAUUUAUGACGAAACUUCUUUCCCCAUUUCUUUAUGUGUGAGGCGAAACUAGUGCAACGAGCAAUGAAUGCAAUCAGUUUAAGAAUGUUGUAGGAUGAAGUAUGUGCCUAAGCGAACAAUAAUCAUGUUGUUGUUGUUACAUUUCUUUAACAAUAUGACGACCAUGUAAAUACGGCUCUGUUCGUAGUAUACUAAUAAAAUCGUUUUUAAAAUC